ACUAUUCGACUACCAUUUGGACGAGCAGUUGAACGGUAUCUUUACUCACUUCCCAUCUCUCAUAGCAUCCGAUACAAAGUUCAAAGCAGAAAGAGAGUAAAUGAUAUGAUAAAACGAGGGCUUAUAACAGUUGAACAUGUAGAAGGUUCUAUAGACUAUCUUGGCUGGAAAACUAAAAAAGGCCAAUGUAAAUCGACAAAUUGUCUCGAUGAUGUUUUGCGGCUUACUGAAAAUGGAAAACAUCGAGUUCAACAAAUACGUGCUAAUGAAGGAAAUGAUCUUCAAGUUUGGCAAUGGGUCUGGUUUUGUUCCGGUGAAGGUGGUUGUCAGAGAUCUUGUGGUGGGAUUGGUAAAUGUGUAGAAACAUGUAAUCACUAUGCAAAUGAACAUAACAGUAAAAAUCCUCUUGAUAUGCACAAGUACAGUGUACGAGUUAUUACUGAGCUUAUGCUUUCUGAAGUUGAUACUGAUUUUCCAGUGCAUAUGAUUAUUAAAGGAAACCAUGUUCUACAAAAUAUUAUUCAAGAAAAAACUGUGCUGUCUCGAAUUAAUUUGAGUCGAGAACAAAAAGGUGUUGUAUUGUAUUACCAACAACCAGACACAAAUGCACCUGAAAAUAGUUCAGAGAGAUAUUAUCAACUUACCUUGAUUGUUGAAGAUAAUGCAAGAUAUGGAACAUCAAUUGCAUUUGGAGUAUCAAACAAAGAAAAUAACUAUACUAUUAGACUUGCUUAUCAUUAUGAAGAACUAUCAAAUGACAAAGGAUUUAUGAGAUUUCGGAAUUGUGCACCAAUAUGGCAACUAUUUGCAAUGAUCGAUAAACAUCGACCAACAAAGUGGGGACUACAACCUAUUUUAC